GCUGACAGUCAGCUGAUAGGCUACAGAGAGCAGCAGAGGCAUGAAGCAUUCAUAUUUAUUUGUAUAAACCUAUCUCUAGGCAGUAGCAGUUUUGAAUAACGCCGGCUAGUCAAUGUUUCCCUACCCUUCUGACUGGGCCGCCUAGUUCGCAUUUUAAUAAUCUCCUGUUAUUUUUACUAGGGGCGUGCAGUCUGGGCUAUGUUUUAAUGGUGCUACACAUUUUUGGGGGACUUGUCAAGAAUAUUCAAGAUGCGCAGUAUCUUUGGUACAACAAUAAACCACACAUGCUCGGCGUAGAUUUGAUUGCUCGUUCCCGCAAUAGUGUCCGCCAUUUUGAUUUAAAAUAUGUGAGAAUCGUUCGCUGUCUUGCUCCAAUCUUCAGGAUAAAAGCGACAACUAAUUUACUGAACCUGGGAUUGUCCUAUACACAGUUGGAAGGGUCAGGCAGCUUCUGGUUGCAGAGGUAGUGAUGGAGUGUAAGUGUAUCAUCCAUACAGAUUCAUGACCAUUCCUACCUGCAUAUUUGAGAUAAAUGUCUGAAGAGGUCUGACCUAGGAUACACGUUUUACUAAGCAGCAGCAGCCAUGUUCUGGAAGUUUGACCUGCACACGUCAUCCCAGCUGGAGGCCCUGCUUGAGAAGGAAGAUGUCACGCUCACUGAGCUUAUGGAGGAGGAGGACGUACUGCAGGAGUGCAAGGCCCAGAACCGCAGGCUGCUUGUCUUCCUGUCCCAGGACACCUGCAUGCAAGAGCUGCUGCACCUCAUCACCACAGAGCCCCCUGCUGGUCUGGAAGAGAUCAAACGCUUCAAGCACCCUAACAUAGCAUGUGAGCUGCUGACGAGUGAUGUAGGGGUGAUAAAUGAUAAGCUGGGGGGAGAGAAGCCCCUUCUAGACAUCCUGUACACCUUCCUGGAGCAGCCCCCUCCCCUCAACCCCCUCCUCGCAUCCUUCUUCAGCAAGACCAUUGGAAACCUCAUCACACGCAAGACCGAACAGGUGAUCUUCUUCCUGCGGGGAAAGGAGGGUUUCCUGGGUCUGGUUCUUAAACACAUCAACACAUCGGCCAUGAUGGACCUCCUGCUACGCCUCAUCAGCUGUGUAGAUCCUGCUCCUCUCCGACAAGACACACUCAACUGGUUGAAUGAAGAGCGGCUGGCCCAGAGGCUCAUAGAACUCAUUCACCCUGGGAAAGACAAGGAGAGACAGUCGAAUGCGUCCCAGACUGUGUGUGACAUCAUCCGUCUGAGCAGAGACCAGGCCAAUCAGCUCCAAGAGAACUCUGAGGCCGACCCUCUGCUCGCCGUGCUGGAGUCGCAGGAGUGUGUGAGUCAGCUGCUGGACAACAUGUUUGUGGGAGAGAGCACAGAGAGCUGCAUCGUCUACGGAACUCAAGUCCUUCUCACCUUACUGGAGAUCAGGAGGCCGGGAGUGGAUGGUGUGCUGGAUGUGUGUGUUCUGGGAUAUGAAAGGUGUGUCGUCAGCAGCAUCCUGCAUGCUGUCCAACCCCACCUCAAACACUACCACCAACUACUGCUGGAUCCUCCCGGGCGGACCCCCAUGCUGACCAGUCUAGGUGUGUUGGAGGUGCCACUGGGUAACUGUCGUCUCCAUGUGGCCAGACUAAUGGCCUCCCUACUACAGACCACUAACAUGAGUUAUUACACCUGUUUUGAUGACACGAUUUAUAACAACACCGUCACACUGGAGCUCUGCAGACUCCAGACCAUAAACCUCCUACUGGACCUGUUCUUUAAGUACACCUGGAACAACUUCCUGCACUUCCAAGUGGAACUGUGUGUGGCAGCCAUCCUCAGCCACUCUGCUCAGGAGGAGAGGCCCCAGGUUGGCCUGGUUAUCCAGGAAAGGCCCUUGGUUCCCCUGGAGGACAUUCCCCAGGCCAGCUUUGUGGCCCAGGAAAAACCCAUGUUUCCCCAGGCGGAGAAUCCUCAGGGCAGCCUCUCAACCCAGGAAAAGCCCAGGCUUCAGCAGAUGCCCCAGGAAAAGCAGGCCUUGCCUGGCCCCAAACCACCACUGCCCUCUGUUCCUCCUGACAUCUCCACACAUAACCCACUGGUGACCCAUUUGUUUCAGGACUGUCGUCUGGUUCAGAGGAUAUUGGAGGCCUGGGAGGAGAAUGAUAAGACUCAGGCGGAGGGGGGUAUGAGGAGAGGCUACAUGGGUCACCUGACAAGAAUCGCUAAUACUGUAGUCUGUAACAUGGAGAAAGGACCAGUCCGCAUCCAGAUCAGCAGCCUUAUUACAGAGCUGCCUAAGGAUUGCAGGGGGCGCUGGGAGAGCUUUGUAGACCAGGACCUGACAGAGACCAACAGGAAGAACACUGUAGACCUGGUGUCUCACAACCUGCGCUCCUCCAGUGAAGACGAUGACCGACAGAGUCCCUUCCCCAAAGAGCUGUCACUGCAACAGACAUUCUCAGACUACCAGAUCCAGCAGAUGACUGCUAACUUUGUGGAUCAGUUUGGCUUCAAUGACGACGAGUUCUCAGAACACGGCGACAACAUCAGCGCCACCUUUGACCGGAUCAAAGAGAUCAACUUCAACGUGGACACAGAGGACACUGCUAAGACUGCAGCAUUUGAGGCCUGCACUAAGGAGAAGAUCCAGUUGUUUGAUGAUAGCGAGGAAGAAGACAUCUGGGAGGAGAGAGAGAUCAACUAUACUAUGCACACCAAGUCUAGGACCAGGUUUGGGGGGCCACAGAUGUCUGUUGGAUCGGCUCAGAGUGAUGGAAUGAGCGAUACUCCUGAUAAGUCAACAGGUUCUGACACAAAGGAGGGGGAGGUGCCUAAUGAGGUCACAUGUCAGACUGAACACAGCAAGAACAUCAGCCAGACGGAGACUGCACAGAGCCCUGGCUGGGCAGCUAGUUUCGGGGAGGUGAACUUUAACUCCCACUCAUCUGGAGUGGACCCAUGGGGUAGCCCCGCCCCCAAGCCUGGAGUGGGCGUUGACCCAUGGGGUAGCCCCGCCCCCAAGCCUGGAGUGGGCGUUGACCCAUGGGGUAGCCCCGCCCCCAAGCCUGGAGUGGGCGUUGACCCAUGGGGUAGCCCCUCCCCCAAGCCUGGAGUGGGCGUAGACCCAUGGGAGAGCACCGCCCCCAAGCCUGGAGUGGGCGUUGACCCAUGGGGUAGCCCCUCCCCCAAGCCUGGAGUGGGCGUAGACCUGUGGGAGAGCCCUGCUCCCAAGUCUGGAGUGGGCGUAGACCCGUGGGACAGCCACGCGCCCAUGCCCGGAGUGGGCGUAGACGCAUGGGGAAGCCCUGCCCCACAGCCUGUAACUACAGAGGCUGAGAAGGGCUGGGCCAAGUUCACUGACUUUCAGCCCUUUUGCUGUUCAGAGACAGGUUUGAGGUGCACUUCUCCAGUGGACUCGGAGAUCUGUGGGUCAGACAAAACUAAACCCAGCCAGGGAAUGAACCCAUGUGUGUGGAGUGUGUGUGUGGCGAGGAAGGCUCCCCUGGUAGCAUCAGACACCUCUUCAUCAGGAGGCUCAGACAGUGAGGAAGAGGAGGAAAAGACUGAAUCUGUUACUAUGGAGAUAGUAUCCAAGGAAAUGGUCACUACAGAGCCCAUCGUCACAACCGCCAGACUGGAGACCAUCAGACUUAACAUGAAUGUCAAGAAUGAGAGAGCUGGCUUCACCAGUGUAGGAGGUCUCCAACCACUGAGUGUGUUGCCUGUGGAGUUUGUUGCGUUGGGAGUGUGUUACAGAGUGUACAACACUUUGCAGACCAAACACCAAUGUGAGGUUGACAUGAAAGAGAAGGAAAAGGAGAAAAAGAGGGUGAUGGGUGGAGAAGACCUGCUUAAUGCCACAGCUGCUCCUCUCACAGAUCGGCCUGCCACCGUCACAAAAUCGUGAUGCCAAAGUGUCUUCCAGAGUGGGCUGGGUCUCAAUCCUAUAAGAGAUAGUCUUCUUCCUCAGAAGUGUCCAGGGGAUUAAAAAGGGUUGUGUAAGUGGUAAAGGCUAGAGACCAAUGAAAUAGGCUAGAUUUGGGACUGGGAGAGGGAUCCACCCUGAGUCAGGGUCUGAAAAGCUAACUAGUUGUGUGUACAGGGUUACAUCAUACCUUCACCCCAACACCACACUGCAUCUAACCCAUACGUGUGUGUGUGUGUGUGCUUUCUGAGGUCAGAAGUAUUUGGUAAAGGGCGCGGCUGCUGGUGGUUCAUUUCUGUAUAAGUAAUAGGUAUGUUACUGUUGUCAAACCCUAGCCUGUACGUUAAGAUAUCAAACUAAUAAAUAUGUCAAUCAUCAA